GUGCUCUUCUCUGUAACCACCGACGACAACCUUUGCUCUACUUCUACAUCCAUCUUACCUAUCACCACUCCUCUCACAUCUUUGCUGACUCCAUCAUAUUCAUAUCCGACGUCUCCAUACUCUGAUGUCGUGCUCAGUCCUAGAACUCCCGAAUGAAGACUUUCACCGUGCGUUCCUAGCAUCCACGGAGCCUUUCCCGUGGAAGCAAAGGACGCACGAACAGUUCUUCACGACUCUUCAAGAUGCAGAUGAACUCUCCGAGCAAGAUAUCUCUGAGCGACUCAUCCAGGCAAUCAACAGCGGCUGUCUCGAUUCUGGCUCACGACUUUCGCCCCAGGAUUCCCGUGUCUUCUUUGACGCGUCUGAGAGUGUGAGGCAUGCGGCGGUCUUUCGCAGCGAACACACAUCUUCCCUGCCUUCUUGGUACGACCAAACGGUCCCGGUCGUAUUUGCACGCCACUCCACCGGUGGCGACCCGUUCGACGACGCUGAAUAUGAAGACGAGUACGGCGAGAUCCAAGAAGAAAGGGACAAGGUUAUGAAACACGCCAUGACGGUCGUGGAGUACCUCUUCGCUGCCCAACAUCGGGUCUUCCUUUUCAUGAUUCUCGUCAUCGGUCGCCGCUUUCGUUUACUCCGCUGGGACCGUGCUGGGAUCAUUGUCACUCCCUCCGUCGACUACGUCGUAACGCCCUCCGAACUUUGUGACUGCCUGUGGCACCUCUCCCUUUUCGAUGACGCUGCAUUAGGCUUCGAUCCAAGCGCUACCCGCGUUCUCCCCGGGGACGUUGACCACCUGCGAAUGGACCUCGCUGCCAUGAAGAGCGCACACGAUGUGGAUCAUACCGAACGCACCCUCAAUAUGGGCGAAGCGGAGGGCUCUGUGAUCUUCGAGUACACUCGGACCUUAUUCCGCUCUGCCCUUGCCCCCCAAUGGCCCCGCUACAGACUCGAGGUCACCGACAAUGGAACAACGCGUCACUUCCUCGUCGGGAGACCUGUAUUCCGCGCAGGUGGGACAGCAGGUCGCGGGACACGCGGUUACGUCGCCUUGGACUGUCAGACCCGUCAGUUUGUGUGGCUGAAAGACGUGUGGCGGGCGGCUUACAUGGUGGCCUCGCGCGAAGGGGACGUCCUGCGGAAGCUCAACGAGGCUGGGGUGGAGCAAGUGCCUACGCUUGUCUGCCAUGGCGAUGUCUGCGAUCAAGCGACAGUUACCACUGAGUGGUGGGAGCGUAAGAAUGCUUCCUCUAUCCCGUCGCCAUCUCUGCAACCUGCGGCUGCAGCACAUUCAUCGUCUCGGACCCUGCCUGGAUCCGCGUCUAGCGGCAAGAGGAAGAGGGAAGACGACACGGGGAACGACGUAGCGCCAUCGCGACGUCGCGGCAGACGUAGCCGGAAGGGGGCCAUACUUUCCAAUGGUCCCUUGAGCCAGCACAAGCACUAUAGGGUAGUGGUGAAGGAAGUCGCUCUGCCACUGAAGCACUUCCGGAACGGGAGACAAUUGGCUUCCGUUGUCUUGGACGGCAUUCGAGCCCAUCACCAAGCGGCUACGAACCCCAAGACUCGAUUGCUUCAUCGUGACAUCAGCGGCGGAAACAUCCUCAUAUAUCCCAAGGUCAAACGUGACAGCAACGGAACAAACCCUGCGAUAGUCUGGACCGGUCUCCUUGUCGACUGGGAGCUGUCGAAACCCAUUGACGAUGACCAGACGCCAUCGAAAGGGAGUCAAGCGGAGCACAUGGGCACAUACCAGUUCAUGUCUGUCAACAUCUUGAGGGAUCCUUCGCAGCCGGUUAAGGUCUCGGAUGAGCUCGAGUCGUUCUUCCAUGUCCUCCUCUACUAUUGUGUCCGCUAUCUUUGCUCGAAUUGCGGAUGCCCGACAUCUUACAUCGAAAACUACUUCGAGAACUAUGCCGGCCCAGGGCGCUGGCAUACGUGCGGGUGGAAGUCGUUAGCUAUGCAAGAGGACGACUUCCUGAGCAAUCAUUUCCCUCCGUCUCCGCUCCUGUUCUACAGUCCGAUGGACGAGAUACUCGGGACCAUCCUGAGAUGCUUCCAGUCGCUUUACAAAGUCAGGAAGGACGACGCUCGGAAGGCGAGAGGUCCGCCGCCGCCGAAGCUCCCGCCGCUCGAAUCUUCCGACAGCCGGCUGGCACCAAUCGGGGAUAUUCCCGAGAUUCCCUUCUUCGGCGACGACGCGGAGCGGAUGGAAGCCGAGGUGCCUGCCCCUCCACCAGUAGAUGACGACUCUCCAACCCCGGAGGAUCGAGAACGAGCGUUGAAGGUCCAUGACCAUUGGUUCAUGAUCGAGCACAUCACGAAGACGCUCAGUAGCUCUGAGUGGCCAGACAACGAUCGGGAACCCUCACCUGCUGUCAAGACGCAGACUUCCGUCUCUGGAUCUCAUGGCCAGAGUGCGAGCGACCGAGCGUCCCGACCUACGUACGUGAGCAACAAGCGACGGCGGAUCGCUGGGCCUGAACGCAACGUCUCCCUUCCUGCGCGCCUCCACGCGUCGACACGGCGCACGCGCGUCAAGCCGUGCACCCUCCCCGUGAGGGCUGCGCCAUAGCAUCUAUUGGGAACGCUUGAGUGAUGUCUUAUCAUUUUCCCCUCUCCGUCUCUCCCGUGUUGUCCGCUCCGCCCUUUUGGCGUGCCCACUCUUUCGUCGAAUGUAGUACCUCUUCGAUUCUUUGCUAUCUCUGCUCACCUCGUGCGCUGUGCCGCAUUUAGAGACACAGUAUCCUGUAACACUAGCGACAUUCUGCCUUGAUCUCUGUUCAUUCCAUAACUUAUCG